UAGAAAUACAAAUUACAUUAAAGCAUCUGGUGUCGGAGAAAUACAGCAACAGGGUGCAACAGGGUGCACUAUACAGCAAAUUGUGACUACUGUAAAGCUACUGACACUCAUCCAGUGUCUCUUUCCUUAAAAUGUCUUUCAACAUUUAUGAAGACCCAAAUCUGAAUAUGAAUGUGAGAUACUGCAAAGGAGCCAGAGACAACGGAGGAGACAAAGUGGAGAGACUGGUCGACAUUUAUGAGAGUGUGGACGCAGACCAUCCUGUCUGCACACGGGAUGAAGGAGCACACACUCAGAAGCAUCUUGCAGCUGUCCAAAGAAACCCUUUAAGAACUGCUGCACUGGUUUUGGGUCUGCUGUGUCUACUGCUUGUAGCUGCAGUCAUUGUCCUGACCACACUCUAUUUUUCAGUCAUUUUGGAAAACAACCAGCUGAAGAGCAGUUAUGGGGAGCUGCAGAGCAGUUACAACAACCUGAGUAACAGUUUCUGCCAGAUACAGGGGACAGAAAGCCAGACACAGGGGAACAUUAUAGAAUGGGAGAGAUUUCGAUGCAGUUGUUACUACAAAUCUACUGAGAGGAAAAUCUGGACAGAGAGCAGGAGAGACUGUCAGGAGAGAGGAGCAGAUCUGGUGAUAAUAAACAACAAAGAAGAACAUGAAUUUGUCAGUAAAUAUCGAGAUUCCUGGAUCGGUCUGCAGUCAGUGAAAAAAAGCAGCUGGGGGAACGCAUGGGAAUGGGUGGAUGGAUCAGUAACACAAUAUAGGGUCUGGAACCAAGGAGUCAAUGUUCAACCUAAGGAUGACGCUGGGUUGACAGCAUACAUUGAUCUGGAAGGAACAUGGAGGCAUACCAAGAGUGGAGCCAAACAAUGGAUCUGUGAGAGACAGAUCUAUUGAGUCUAAUGUGUGUGUCAUGUAACUGUGAUGUAAUGGGUUGGAAUCUUUCUAAGGACCUUUGUUGCAUGUUAUUUUUCUUUUUUAAAAGUUCUUACUGCCCUUCCAAAAAAAAAAAAAAACAUAAUAAAGGCAAAGAUGAGAAAAUAAACUGCACUGCAUUAGUGAGAAGUGACACAUGGUAAAGUAUGAAAAAUGUUAAUGAUUUAAAAAAAAAAAAUAGAAUAUUCAAAGAAACACAUACACAGACUUUUCUGCUAUUCUCAGAGCCUAAAUAGUGGUGCAGCUAAAACCAUACAGUUUGUCCUGAGGGUAAUGCUAAAGGAAAGGUCAUAGAGUAUCUAGAAUGAAAAUGGUUAAUCCACUGUGGUGUUAAUUUAGUGAAUUUUAUAGAAAACUGCCCAUAACUAUGGCUGUACCCAAGUCAGAAUUAUGUCAGUUCAAUCAGAUUUAGCUGUUCAAUACAAAUGUUUGACUUUUCAUUCUUGUUUUUUUUCCAUAUAGAGUUUGAACAGGGUUCAGCUG